UUUGCCUGAAAUUGUCAAAAGUAAAAGUCACUGGUGUUACUUCAAUUCACACUAAUGGCAUCUACACGAUUGUCGCUCAUUAGCCAACCGGUCUACCAACCAGCUAGUAGUCAUCAAUCGGAUGAGUGAUGAAUCAAUGCAUCUCAAUUUUUUACAUCACGGUAAUUGUAUUUGUUACAGAGUACACAAACGCCUUGGAAAAUGGAUUAGUUAGAACUCCGCCAAUGGGAUGGCUAUCGUGGGAAAGAUUUCGUUGUAAUACCGACUGUAAAAACGAUCCAGACAAUUGCAUAAGUGAAAGAUUAUUUCAAGUCAUGGCAGACCUUCUAAUUACUGAAGGUUAUGCAGCAGCUGGCUACGAGUACGUGAAUGUCGAUGAUUGUUGGUUGGAAAAACAUCGAUCGCCCAGUGGUCAGCUUAUAGCUGACAGAAGUCGCUUUCCCAGUGGGAUGCGAGCAUUAUCAGAUUAUAUUCAUUCGAAAGGUUUGAAGUUCGGUAUUUACGAAGAUUACGGAAAUUAUACAUGUGCAGGUUACCCGGGUAUAAUAGGGCAUCAAUAUGAGGACGCUAGAUUAUUUGCUGACUGGAAGGUAGAUUAUGUUAAGCUGGACGGAUGUUAUGCAUUCCCUCACGAAAUGGAAAAGGGUUAUUCCGAAUUUCAAGAUAUUUUAAAUAAAACUGGCAGACCCAUGGUAUUUUCCUGCAGUUGGCCAGUAUACCAAAUUUAUGCCGGAAUCAGGCCAAAUUAUACAUCGAUUAAAGAAAAUUGUAAUUUAUGGAGAAACUAUGACGACGUUCAAGAUUCUUGGGUUUCAGUCGAAAGCAUUAUCGAUUACUAUGGUAAUAACCAAGAUCUAAUUGCACCGAAUAGUGGUCCAGGUCAUUGGAAUGAUCCCGAUAUGUUGAUUGUUGGUAAUUUUGGAUUGAGUUACGAUCAGGCGAAAACACAAUUCGCAAUUUGGUCAAUUCUUGCGGCGCCUUUAUUGAUGUCCGUGGACUUAAGAACAAUACGGCCAGAAUUUAAAGAAAUUUUGUUGAAUAGAAAAAUUAUCGCAGUUGAUCAAGAUCCACUGGGCAUACAAGGUAGACGAAUAUACAAGCAUCGAGGAAUCGAAAUAUGGUCCAGGCCUAUCAAUCCGAUUGUUGGUACAUUUUAUUCUUACGCAAUAGCAUUUGUUAACAGGCGAGCGGAUGGCACACCUUCGGAUAUAUCUGUGACUCUUAAAGAACUCGGGCUAAUAUCUUUAAAUGGAUACUUAGUAGAAGAUUUGUAUGAAAACGUCGACUAUGGAAUUCUCUAUCCAAGUACAAAAAUUAAAGUCAAAGUUAAUCCAUCAGGUGUGGUGAUGUUAAAAGCUGAGGUUUAUGUUGACGCAAAGUAUCCAAAUUCCUAUAAAUAUGUCUUUUCUCUUUAAUCAAUAGUUUAGCUAAAAAGUUUUUAUUAACAUUAAUUCUUUUA